AUGGGUGUAGUGGAGCAGAGGCUUGUAUCAGGAGCGUACUAUUCUGACUAUAUGGCGUAUGCCCCUGGGGGAGGGACAGCCCCUGGGGGAAAUGGGGGGGGUGGAGGCGGAACUGGGAUGGCAGCAGGAGGGGGGAAUGGGGGGGCAGGAGUGGGAGGAGGAGGAGGAGCAGCAGGAGUGGGAGGAGCAGGAGGAGUAGGAGGAGCAGGAGCAGUGGGGUUAGGCGGAAAGGGACAGGAUGUAGGGAAAGAGGGAAAUGCUGCCCAGGCAGCAAAGGGUAGCAACGGAACAGAAGGGAUCAGCAGCAAUGGAACCAUUUCUAUAUGUUUUCUCACACAGAACCCCUCCCACGCCCCUCCUAUCAUCAACUCCCUAGAGAUUCUACCCGUUGACUCAGAAGCUUACGACUCUGCCACCCUCGGCCCAGAUAUUAUCCUCUCGUCUUAUCUCCGGAUCAACAUGGGCGGCGGGCAGGUUGGGCCCGAGCCUCAGGACCCGGGGUUCCGAACCUGGAUUGCGGAUGUGGUUUGGGAGAAGGAGAUGGCUCGGCUCGGGGGAGAUCCCUUUGCAAACCACAGCCACCUCAACAGCAUGGUUCAACAACAGGAGUACGAGCAUGGAGGGCAGCACGGGGGGCAGCACGGAGAGCAGCACAUGCAGCACAUGCAGCACAGGCGAGUGCUCACAGGAUUAGAUCCCCAAGGCACAGCCGGAGCAGCAGGGGCAGCAGGGGCAGCAGGGGUAACCGGAGCAACAGGAGCAGCAGGAGCAGCAGGAGCAGCAGGAGCAGCAGGCACACUUCCUCCUCCUCCUCCUCCUCCUCCUUCCCCAGGAGCGCAAAUCACGGGGUUCCGGAUGGCUCUGAUACCAGCGCACGUGUCGAACCUCUGGUACAUGCGCUUCUACUUUGCCGAGAUGAACUUGACUGCCAAGGUGGGCGACCGGCGGUUUGACAUCCUGCUGGGGAGCGGCCGUCGGGUGGUGGCUCUGGGGAAUAGAGUCAGGCUGCUGGACGGGCGAGGUGGGAAGGGGAGUGGGAGUGCUGGUGCUGGUGCUGGUGCUGGUGCUGGUGCUGGUGCUGCUGGUGGUGCGGCUAACUCGGCAGCAGAAGCAGCAUUAGGAUCGUCAUCGUCAGCAGCAGCGGCAGCAGCGGAAGCAUCGUCGGAUUUCGACAUUCUCUCGCACGUGCCGCCCCGCACGGCCCUCAUCGUCCCCCUCCUCUUCAACUUCUCCCGCUUCUCCCACGGCCGUUCAGAGGACCUCGAGGUGGGUAUUGUGCUGGUAAGGCAUCUUCAUAUGCUCGUUUGCUUCCUGGCUGCCUCCGCUUCUCCCACGGCUGCUCAGAGGAUCUCGAGAGGAUCUCGAGGCGUCUCAAAACGUCUCAACACACUUCUUCAACCCCGCACGGCCCUCAUCGUGCCCCUCCUCUUCAACUUCUCCCGCUUCUCCCACGGCCGCUCAGAGGACUUGGAGGUAGGUGUGCGCACAGCAGCCAAUAGCACGCUGCCAGCUGUCCUGAGUGCUGUGGAGCUCUUCGAAGUGGUGCCGGUGUCCUUGGAGAAAGAGGAGGGAGAGGAGGGAGGAGAGGAGGUGAAUGUGGUACAAGGUGGAGGAGGGGGGACUGCAGCAGCAGCAGCAGCAGUGAGUGCAGCAGAAGCAUCGCCACCGGUCGGAAUAAGCAAUGGUGAGUACAGUGCCAGUGGAGUGGGAGAACCCGGCUCCACUCCCCCCCUUUCCCCCAUCCCUCCCCUCACCCGCGGCUCCAUCUUUGGUGGGGGGAUAAUCCAUCUGGUGUGUCAGACGCCUCUCCAUCUCGCCGUGGCGGAGGGGCACCUCGAGGCGCUCCGCUUUCUCCUGGACUGGAGGGGGCAGUGCGGCGGGGCAGAAGUGAAAGCAGACGUGGAAGCGCGGAACAUGUUCGGCGAGACCCCUGUGCACGUGGCGGCCAAGAGCAGCAACGCGGACGCCAUUGGGCUGCUGCUACGAGCAGGCGCACGGGCGGACGUCGCUGCCACGAACGGCAUGACGCCUGUCCAUCUCGCCGUGUGGGCUGCUGUCCAAUCUACUAGUAGCAACACUGGCAGCGACACUGGUAGCAACUUCAACUGCAGUAUUGCCGCCCAUCCGCCUAGCAAGCCGCUAGCCACAGCAAAAUUAGCACCUGAAGCGACACCUGGGCCAGCAAAGUCACCUGAAUCGGCACCUGGAUCACAGCAGCUAGCGCAGCAGCAGCUGCAGCAGCAGCACCUGACGCAUCAAGCAGACCUAGCAAUCUCUCCCUCUAAACCAUCUCCAUUGCGCCACUCCCAAGGGGAACUCUCCCCAAAACCACUCUCCCCAGGGGAGCUCUCCCCCCGACCACUCUCCCCCUGCUCCCCUCGUCCGCUCUCCCCCCUGCCCCUCUCCCCUCGACUGCUUUCCCCGAGCGCCUAUGGUUCGGCCUUCCCCACCUGCCCGCCCCCCACACCAUCGUCGCCCACCAGUUUCGACUCCCUGCCUGCAGCUGCUGCUGCCUCUGCUUCUGGUUCUGCUGCUGCGGACGGGUGUAUGCUCUCCCCGUCUGCUGCUGCUGCUGCUGCUCCUGGUGCUGGUUGUUCUGGUGUAAAUGGUGGUGGUGCUGCUGGUGGAGUGAAGGGUGGUGGCAGCAGGGAGUGUGGUGGGGGAGUGGUGGCGGCUGUGGCAUUACUGCUAGAAGCCAAUGCAGACCCGUGUGCUGUUGAUAAGGACGGCAACACGCCCAUGGCGCUGCUUCCUAGUCGAGCCACGAGGUGCUCUGUGUGCCAAGAGGUGCAGACUCUGCUGCAACGACACAUCAGCAGGCGAACGAGGCUGCAGGCUGAACUGGCGGUGCAUGGAGCAAAGCUGGUAAUGGAUCAGCUAGAAAAGGAGCUAUCCUCGUUAGUAGGCCUCCACUCGUUAAAGCAGCAGCUAAGGACAUGGGGAAAGGGUCUCCUACUGGACCAAAGGCGCCGGGCACUUGGGCUGCCCGUCCCUCCCCGCCGCGCCCCACACAUGGCUUUUCUGGGCAGCCCGGGCACCGGAAAAACAACCGUGGCGCGGGUGCUUGCCCGGAUGCUGGCGCUGGUGGGUGUUUUACCCUUGAAUAAGGUUAUAGAGGUGCAAAGAACGGAUUUAGUUGGGGAAUAUGUGGGGCAUACGGGUCCGAAAACGAGGAGGAAGAUCGAGGAAGCAGAAGGAGGUAUUCUGUUCGUCGAUGAGGCGUAUAGGCUCAUGCCGUGUCAAAGGAGUGAAGAGAAAGACUAUGGGAUAGAGGCUUUGGAGGAGAUUAUGACAGUGAUGGAUUCGGGGAAACUGGUGGUGAUUUUUGCGGGGUAUGCGGAGCCGAUGCAGCGGGUUUUCGAGGCUAAUGAGGGGUUUAAGAGGAGGGUUACUAAGUGUUUUACUUUUGAUGAUUUGAGCCCGAGGGAGAUUGCCAGGGUGAUGCUGCUGAAGAUGGGGUAUGGUCAGACAGGGGAGCAGAGGAGAUUGGGAGGUGCGGAGAAGCCGAGUUGUGAGAAUUCUCGCCCUGGGGAGGAGACGCGGAUUCAGCAGAAUGGGGGUGUGUCUGGGGGACAGAGGGAGCAGACGUAUCUAAGGGGAGAGAUGCAAUGGGGAAGUAGCAAGACUGGGGAGCGAGUGGAGGAGCGAAGGAAGGAGGAGAUGGAGCCACAGGGGAAGCAGUGGGAUGCAGGGGCGGAUGAGAGGAAGGGGGGGGGACAGGGCGAGGAGUGUAGCAGUCUGGGUGGGAGGGGGACGGCAUGUGACUGUAACAAGCGGUGUGGUAACCGCAGCAGCUGUGCGGCUUCGGAUGGCAGCAUCAGGAACGGCAGUGAUGGUCCGGCAGGAGGCGGAGGGAGUAUGCCCUGUGUAGCUGAUGGUUCCAUCAAGCAGCAACUGCAAGGAGAGGAAGUGGGGAAAUGGCCGGUUGGAGUGGAGGCGGGUGGAAGAGGAGGGGAUUUUGCGGAUGGAAGCAGUGGCAUUAUUACCAAUGAGAGCGGGAGUGGGAGUGGGAAUGGGAGCGGUGGGAGCAAGGAGGAGAUUGAAGCUGCAGAUGACACGGACAUGUCUCCGCUAACUGGCUUCAGGCUCCACUCCUCAUGUUCAGAAGAGGCAUUGGCAGAGGCGAUCAUAGCACACACGACAGCGAAGCAGCGCAAGGAGAGGAACGGAGGCAUGGCGGUGCCGGUGCUGCUGGAUGCCCGAGACCAUCUGGACCUGCGGCUGCCUCUGGACUGCUGCUGCGAGGACGAGCUGAUGACAAUCCACAUGCACGACAUUGAAGGUGCUUUAGGGAUGCUGCCACCGUGA